AUGUAUACCCGUGCUCCGCCAAUCGAUGAACAGGGCUAUAUGUCUGAUAUACCCCGCUCAUACCCGGAUGUUAUAGAGCCAUUUAUGCUGGGAAAGGAUGGAGCGGAUGAUGUUAAAAUCAUUUGGUGGUUUAUUGCUGCACUGGAUGAAGGUGUGGUUCCUGGAUCUGCUGGUGGGGAGGAGCAAUUUACACCUGAAUUCUUUUCCCCGGCAGCAGGCUUUAGAGAAACUGAGUUUCCAGAAUGA